CCUACAAAUACGCGAUAAGGAGAUCACCACGCGAACCAAGCGCGCCAAGCGUCGUUCUUCAGCAAAGGAGAUAAAAACCCACCGCUAUCAACAACAGCAUGGCUGACGACGACCUCGAAGAAAUGUCUCAGCUGCGAGCUGCACGGAAACAGGAGAGGCCUCAGCGCAGUUUUGGACCCAAAACCUCAACAGACCAAAGUUCCAACAAGAAUGAAAAGUCAACAAAACCUGAUAAGAAAGCCCGAAACUUUGAUUUCAUGGCCAUGUUUGAAGAAGCUCGACAACUGGCAGCGGAACGGAACAAAAACGAAGAUGAAUCCCAAACUGACCAACAAAGCAGUGGGCAGGAUGUAGAAUCUGUUGGAGGCAAGGGAUUGAUUCCUGCCCCAGUGUCCGGGCCCACGUCCACCGUACCGUCAUUCAGACCUGUAUUCAAGAAGCCAGCGAAAGAUGAUAAAGCUGGUGGUGGUGGUGGUGGUGGUCAUUCUGUUGUCGGUAGCAACAAGAGUGUCAGGGGCACAGCAUCGUCUUGUGUUGAUGGAAACGUGAAGCGUAGGGAGGAGUUAGGGGCCACAACAGGGUCGACGGCAACCUCCCCACUACCCACGUCUGUGAAGAAGGGCAAUGACGAAGGUAAAGAUGACAAUAAGGAAGACGAUGACGAUGAUGACGAUGAUGAGGAGGAGAAAGAAAAAGAGGAGACGUUGGAGCAAUCGAUUCCACAAUCCCUCGAAAUAACUCUGACACAUGGAAAUAAAUCGGUGUCAGCGUUGGCCUUGGAUCCGUCUGGUGCUCGGCUUGUCACCGGGGGCUACGACUACGACAUAACGUUCUGGGAUUUUGCUGGCAUGGACGCCUCCUUGAGACACUUCCGCAGCCUCCGGCCUUGUGAAUGCCACCAAAUCCGUAACUUGCAAUACAGCACCACUGGGGAUGUCCUUCUCGUUAUCGCUGCAAAUGCCCAGGCCAAGGUGAUUGACCGAGACGGCUUCGAGAAGCUGGAGUGUGUGAAGGGUGACCAAUACAUUGCAGACAUGGCCAAUACUAAGGGCCAUGUAGCCAUGUUGAAUUCUGGAUGUUGGAACCCGAAAGACAGAAAUGAGUUUAUGACAUGUGCCAAUGAUGGAACAGUUCGUCUGUGGGACAUCGACAAUGCCUUCUCCCAGCGUGUGGUUAUCAAAUCAAAGUGUGACAAAGGACGUAGGACGAACCCGAUGGCUUGUACGUAUUCCAGAAAUGGUAACUACAUCGCUGCAGCUUGCCAGGAUGGUUCUAUACAACUUUGGGACUGCAAUCGGAAAUUCGUGAGCACUUGUAUGCUGAACCGGAAAGCACACAUGAAGGGCAGCGACACAACAUCUUUGUGCUUUUCAUACGACGGGAGAGUUCUGGCUUCAAGGGGAGGUGACGACACCCUGAAGCUGUGGGAUAUUCGAAACUUCAAAAAGGCCCUGGUUGCUGCUGAUGGUCUCCUUAAUUUGUUUCCUGUGACUGACUGUGUAUUCAGUCCCAGCGACAAGAUGGUGGUCACAGGAGUGUCUGUGGGCCGAGACGGGGGCAACGGGAAACUGAUGUUCAUGGAGCGGGAGACAUUGAAGACUGUCACUGAAAUUGAGGUCUCCAACAGUAGCGCCAUAAGAUGUAUGUGGCACCCGAAACUGAACCAAAUAGCUGUUGGCUGCGGAAAUGGUAACGUUGCCAUGUACUAUGACCCGGAGAAAAGUAGACGUGGCGCCCUCUUGUGUGUGGUGAAGAAAGAACGUAAAGUAAAGCAGAUCGAGAUGAUUACAGACCAACAUAUCAUCACACCCUAUGCUCUCCCCAUGUUCCGUGAGGGUCGACCGAUGAGUACGAGAAAGCAAGAAGAGAAAGUACGUAAGGACCCUGUUAAAACACGAAGACCAGAUCUCCCAGUUUCGGGACCAGGUGAAGGGGGCCGUGUCGGGGCCCAUGGGGCCACUCUGUCCCAGUAUGUUGUGCAGCAGCUUGUCUUACAGAAACCGGACCCUAGUGAUUUGAACCCUCGAGAAGCUAUUCUACGACAUGCCAAGGAGGCUGAAGAAAACCCCUACUGGGUAUCACCAGCUUACAGAAGCACACAGCCAAAGCCAAUAUUCCAGCCAGACUCUGUUGGUAGUGAUGACGAUGAUAAUGAUGAGGAUGACAGCCAUGUUGCCGUCGACAACAAGACCAGUGAUGACAACCCCGAACCUUUCAGAAAGAAGCAGAAGUUGUCAAAAUGAAGGUCAAGAGGAACAUACCAAUGAAGAUAACAGUGAUGAUGAGGAUGGUGAAGCAGAAGAUGAUGGUGAUGAUGGUAGUGAUGAUGAUGGUGAUGGUGGUGUUGAUGAUGUAAUAAAGCAAUUUUUUCCUUCUUUUGUA